AUGAAGCACCUAAGUUCUGGCAUAAUUUUCUCUGUUUUAGGGGUGUACCUCAAUCCGGAUUUCUGUAUCCGUAGGUUCCAAUAUGAUGAGCUCAAUGUGGAGCUUUCUAGCUUAUGUAAGCCCAACGUAUGCUUAGGCGACUUCAAUUCGGUGAGGGACAUAUCACAGAAAACUGGAAGACCCCCAGCUCUUUGGCCUUGCAUUCUUUUCAAUAAUUUUAUUGCCUCCAACCAAUUUGUGGAAAUUCAUGACCCCGACACUAAGUUCUCUUGGUCUAACAAGAGAGAGGGGCCUGCUAAUGUGCAAAGUUUGAUUGAUCACUGCUUUGUCUUCCAUGACUGGUGGGACUGCCGGGAAUGGAAUUUCAGUCUUCGGAUUCUUCCUCACACUUCUUAUGACCAUAAUCCUAUUGUUAUGGCAGCUGAGAGAAACCAUAUCUUCACAUGUGGCAAAUCGGUCUUCCGUUACUUCAAUUACUGGGAACAAUUUCCUCAAUGCACCAAACUUAUUGCAGAUUGUUGGCCCCAUCAUGUUGCUGGCUGCCCCAUGGUUAGGUUUGUUUCUAAACUUCAACUUGUUAGAGAUAAGCUUCGGGAGUGGUCUAAGCAAGACCCCAAUGAUCUGGUCAGAAUUAUUAAGAGACUCAGAGUGCAGGUAGGAGUGGCCCAAAACCUUAUGGAUAGGGGCGAUUUGUCUGCAUUCUCUCAUGAGAUUAAGCUUCGCCUCACUCUCAUUAAGCUCAUCAAGAUGGAUGAGGAGCGGCUGAGGCAAAAGGCUCGUGUGAGGUGGAUGAGGGAGGGUGAUUCUAAUUCAAAAUUUUUCCAUGCUAUGGCUAAAGGCAGACAACGGAGAAACCAUAUCCGCACUAUCAUGGAUGGAGAGAGGGUUAUCUCUGACAUGGAUGAAAUUUUUGCGUCCUGCACCACUUAUUUCAAAGACCUGUUGACUGACAAUGCGGUAUUAAGGGCGACAACUGCUGGACCAGACGGUUUCAACAAUCACUUUUAUCAAUCAUACUGGUCCAUCAUUGGGCCCGAUGUGAGCCUCGCAGUUAAGGAGUUUUUCCGGUCCGGGCGCAUGGUUAAAGGGAUCAACAAAACACACAUCGUUCUUCUUCCCAAAGAAGAGGGUGCUUGCACUAUGGACAAGUUUCGGCCUAUAUCACUUUGCAAUAGCAUUCUUAAAUUCCUCACUCGUAUUAUGGUUUUACGCAUGAGACCCAUACUGAGUCGCAUUCUUCAUCGGAAUCAAGUGGCUUUUUUUAUGGGACGCAGCAUCCAGGACAGUUUUUUACUCAGUCAAGAGGUGGUUCAUUUACUUGCUCACAGUAAGUCUAAAGAUGCGUGCGUUAAGAUCGACCUUAGUAAGGCAUAUGACAGAGUGAAUUGGCAGUUCCUGAAGAACAACCUUAAACUGCUAGGUUUUUGCUCCAACUGGACUAAGCAUAUUAUGACUGUUGUUUCUACUUUGUCCUCUGCACUUCUCAUUAACAGUAAGGAAGGAUCAUGGUUCUUCACGGCGAGGGGGUUGCGGCAAGGAGACCCCCUGUCCCCCUAUCUGUUCAUCGUUACGAUGGAAAUUCUUAAUCGUAGCAUGUUGGCUUAUCUGCAUUUGGGUAAGAUUCGUGGCCGAAAGGUUAGCGCUCUUAGCUCUGUUCAUUCCUCCUUCUAUGCUGAUGAUGUCCUUGUUUUCAUUGAAGGCAGGAAAAAAUUCUUUCUAGGCCUUAAAGAUUGUUUCCUUGAGUUUAAGGCUUGUUCGGGACUCAAAGUUAAUCUCAACAAAACCUUUGUGUAUUUCUUUAAUCUUUCUGAUUUCGAGUGCAACCGACUAUGUGCUAUCACAGGCUGGAAAAGAGAUUUUUUGCCAGUUAUGCAUCUGGGUCUGACUCUUCAAUACCAGGCCAUCACAGAGAGCCCAUGUCAGCACAUAGUGAUGAAAGUUAAUCAGAAAUUGGCAGGCUGGAAGCAGAAGCUGCUUUCUUAUGCCGAAAGACUCUGCCUGGUUAAACAUGUUCUGACAUCUAUCCCUAGCUAUUGGAUGAUGGUCUUGUGGAUUCCUCUGUCCACGUGCCACCAAAUUGAAAAGUUGUGUUCAGGUUUCAUUUGGGGGGAUGAUCUGGGGGUCAAAGGGGCACACCUUAUUAGUUGGAAUGCUCUUUGUAAACCAAAGGUGGAGGGUGGAGUAGGGCUUCGACGUAUGGUGGAUAUCAAUAGGGCUAAUUUCUAUUUUCUCAGGGUCAAAGCUAUCACGCAGGACUCACUCUGGGUCGAUCUCGUCAGGGCCAAGUAUCUAACCAAAAAGAGUAUGUGGCAGUACAAACUCAGUGGAAGUGAAUCUAGCUUAUGGAAGCGGGUGAUCAAAUGUUGGCAGUUAAUUGAAUCUCAAGUUCAUUGGAGAGUCAACAAUGGCUUUAGAGUCAAAUUUUGGCAUAACCGGUGGAAUGGUGUCAUCAUCUCCAAUAUGAUUUCACCUACUAGUUGGACACUAAUUCAAGAUACCAUGAAUUGCACUAUUAAGGAGUUGUUUGCUGAUCGGGCAACCUAUGUUCACAUGUUCCUUGAAUCUAUGAGCAUUCCCAUUCACCUCCGCAUGCUUGAGGAUAGCCGACAGGAUACACUUGAAUGGGUGGACUGCAGUGCCUGGCCAUUUGGACAAGCUGCGAGAUAG